AUGUGUGCUUCGAUGCAUGCUUUUGAUGUGUGUCUCGUCAAGGCAACUAACUCACCAACAAAGGUUACGUACGGGGCUGGGCCGCGAUGGUGCAUUCCAGUCUUGGCAGCAACCCUUUUUGUCUACACGUUGGGUUCGGCCCAUCGGGGUACGUCCAACGCCGUCGCAUUCACCUCUUCGUCCGCGCUCAUCGAAAGACUUGCCCCAUUCACGGCUAAUCUUCAUCGCCCUCAUUCCACACCCCGCCUACGUACAUUGGAAUGGCCACACCACGAGGUACACAUGCUUGGCCUGAGGUGA